AUGUCACAUUUCAAGUGUCCAUGUUAUUUAUUCAAUAUAUUAUCGUCUUAUGAUUCAGUGUUAUACACAAUAACAGCAUCUCCCGCGAAGAGCGUAAUAAUCUCCCGUCUGACGCCUUUGCAUGAAAUCUCCAUCAAAUGCUAUGACUCUCAGCAAUCCUUGCAAAGAUGUCCCCCUUGCAAUAAGACCCCGCUGCAUCAUCCAGCUACUCACAUUCUGGUCACCCCCUUUCGGCAGGCGCAGGACUUCCUCCUGGUAGCCACUAACUGGACGUGCCACAGCAGUCGCAGAACUGCCGGAUGUCGCCAUGUCAUAACCUUCCGCUUCUACACGCCGCGAUGGAAGCAUGGGCGAAGCACGUGCAUCUCCCUGAACGAAGCAGGAGGUAAUAAAGACAUCGCCAGCCCUCCCUCGUCGCCGUCCUACAGAAUCCGUGCGGCGGCGCCACCCGCGGAGGGCGGCAAGGUGGGCUGGCCCCGCAUGAGCCCCGAGAUGAGUGGCGAUGCGGCGUGUGGGGUCUGGCAUUGCUCGCCGGAGGCUGCGGCGGCCGUCCAGCGCUCGGACGCGGCCCCGGAGGAGGGGGCGGUGGGCCCCGGAUGCCCAGGCGAUGCCCCCGCGCCGAGGACGGACGCGGCCGAGGACAGCGACAGUGACAUCAGCGUGGGGCGCCCCUCGCCCAAGCCCUGCGAGGUGCGCUCUCCGGCGGGGAGCUCCGGACCUUCCGCCAGCCACGGCGAGGGCCUUACCUCCCCGCCCACGCCUCGCACGCCCACGCCCACGCUGGGCUCGGGCUCGGGCAGCAGUAAGUUUCCUGAGGAUGGCAUGACCUCGAAUGACAGCGCCAUGUCGCCUCCUCCGGCGCCGCCCACGCCCUCGAGGGAGGGCGGCGAGGACGAGUACUUCAAACCGCUGAAGAAACUGCGGAUGGUGCAGCUGCAGCAGCAGGAGGAGGCAGCAGCGCUGGCGGCGGCGCGAAGCAGUGCGGGCGUGAAGUCGUUCUCCAUCACGGAGAUCCUGAGCCACAAGCCCGUGGUGGCGAGGGCGCCCGACCCGCCCUCCGGCCGCAUCGUCCGCCCCUGGGACACGGACGACGACGAGGACAUGUCGCGGCCGCAGAGCGUCGACGACAUGAGCGUGUCGUCAGCGUCGUCGUCAGGAGGGUCGCCCCGGCCGGCGUCCAGCGACCCGGGGUCGGGCGGCGGGUCCAGCCAGGGGAGCCAGGGGGGGCGGCCGAGGGGCAAGGACGGCAACCCGCUGGACGCCCUCUUCCAGAUGACCAGCAAGACCUUCGAGGGACUCAAGCCGGGCCAGCAAGCGGGUGAGUACAAGGCGCCCUGGUCUCGGGAGGAAGCCGCAGCCACGGCGGAAGCAUUUCAGGGGGAAUAA